ACUUCCCAUUUGCUCCUAUUUCAUCCGUAACUGCAAGUCACCGUCAAUCCCCCAAACCCCACCCCAUCUUUUCAUCCCACUCCCUAUACCCAGAAGCUUCCGUAACAACGCGUCGCUGCACACGUUUCCUUUUACUGAUGACCGUGUCUGCAACAUAUAUAUAUAUAUAUAUAUGUGACACUCUCUUCCAUUCUCUCCAAUUAAUUCAUUCCUUUUCACAUUUUUGAGUUCUCACCUCAAUUCAAUAACUUCCACACCAAUAUUUAAUGGAAAUUUCUUCUUUCCCAUUUCCCACCCAGGAAGAUUAUGCUUCCCCAAAUUUCGUCAGUUUUUUUCAAGAUUUUGGCUUGCCUACUACUACUACUGAUACUACUAUUACUACUACUGCUGUUCCUACUGCUAUUGCUUCCCAACCACUUCCCAAGAAGCGAAGAACUGAUGAUUUUGAUUUCGACCAAGUUGUUGAAGAGGGCUCUUUGAAGACCGUUGAGGACAUUUUGAGUAAAUUUUUCGGAUUUGACAACGGAGAAGAGAAAAUUAAUCCCAAACUGGAUUGCUCAUCUCAACCGUCAUUUGCUAAUCAAUCUGUUUUCGAUUUUUCGAAUCAACAACCCGGUUUAAUGAUGUAUGAGAAUGAGAAAAUGGAAGGUGUUAAGCCAUUGGCGGGUAACAAAAGGGGUCGUCAGAACUCUGCUGAAUUCAUCUCAACUUCGGAGGAUUCUCAGGCUCCACAGCAAAGGAGAUUAUGGGUGAAAGACAGGUCUAAAGCAUGGUGGGAGCAAUGCAAUAGCCCUGAUUUCCCAGAAGAGGAGUUUAAGAAAGCGUUUCGGAUGAGCAGAACAACUUUUGAUAUGAUCUGUGAUGAAUUGGAAUCUGUAGUCACUAAAAAGGACACAAUGCUGCGCCAAGCAAUCCCAGUUCGCCAACGUGUUGCUGUCUGUAUUUGGAGAUUGGCUACAGGGGAACCACUUCGUGAAGUUUCAAAGCGUUUUGGCCUCGGUAUAUCCACUUGUCAUAAGCUUGUUCUUGAGGUUUGCACUGCCAUUAAAGGCGUUCUCAUGCCCAAAUUCGUGCAAUGGCCCAAUGAUAGCAAGAUGAACGAGACGAAACAAGAAUUCCAGAUGUUAUCUGGGAUGCCAAACGUGGGUGGAUCAAUUUACACAACACAUGUUCCAAUAAUUGCCCCAAAGGUAAGUGUAGCUGCUUAUUUCAACAAAAGGCACACAGAGAGGAAUCAGAAGACUUCAUACUCGGUUACAGUUCAAGGUGUUGUUGAUCCAAAAGGGGUUUUCACAGAUGUUUGUAUCGGUUGGCCUGGUUCCAUGUCUGAUGACAAAGUCCUGGAAAAAUCAGCUCUUUAUCAGAGAGCAAACAGGGGACUGUUGCAGGAUGUUUGGGUUGUUGGGAAUUCAGGGUUCCCAUUAAUGGAAUGGGUAUUGGCUCCUUACACACGCCAAAAUCUUACUUGGACUCAGCAUGCUUUUAAUGAGAAGGUUGGAGAAGUUCAAAAGGUGGCAAAGGAGGCGUUUAUGCGAAUGAAAGCCAGGUGGAGUUGCUUGCAGAAGAGAACAGAGGUGAAGCUACAAGAUUUGCCUGUGGUUCUUGGAGCUUGCUGUGUAUUGCAUAAUAUUUGCGAGAUGAGAGGUGAACAACUGAAUCCAGAGCUGAGGUUUGAUCUUUUCGAUGAUGAAAUGGUUCCAGAAAAUAUAGUGAGGUCAAUGAAUGCUGUGCAGGCUAGAGAUCAGAUUGCGCACAAGCUCUUACACCAGAACCACGCAGGCACCAAUUUCCUAUAACAAAUAUGUUUUAACUUUGCCAAAAUAUUGUUUCGUGUUUCAAAGGAUUGGCUCAAGUUUUUCAUCCUGUAUAAGAAGAUUAUAUAGUGGGCAAGGAGUGGUUUUUUUUUUACAUGGCAGUUUGAUGUCAUGACAUAGAAUAAGCACAAUACUGUAGCUCUUAUAGACGAUUUGAUUUGACAUAGAAUAAGCACAAUAAUGUCAAAAGUGAAGCAAAAUUUUAGAUAUCAAA